ACCUUACCUUACUUAGGGAACAUUGCGUUUUGCGAUAAACACGCUCUUUUUUGCCCUCUUGUAUUCGGAUUUUUGCAAGAGUUUGUAAAUUGAUCUUGAUGAGUUAACUUAAUACACAGGGCCGUUUUCUGCCCUGUAGGUACAGCCACUCUGCGUGUUUGCGCCACCGGAGCUUUUCCCGCUCGAAUUAUAACGAAGCGUCUUCUCAAUAAUCAUUGACACGAACAUUCAUCAUGGCGCCCGAAACACCACGAGCAGUCUCUUCGAGGCUUCUUACUAUGAAGUUUAUGCAACGGGCAGUAGCCUCAGGAAAUUCGUCUCCGGAUUCAGUAACACAGUCAUCCAAGAAAAGAAAGACUGGACAUUCCCCAGCGACGGGUCGCCUUGACCUGAACAUUGACCAGGCUGCAAUCAAGGCUGCUCUCGAUGCACAAGAAACUAAACGACAAGAGGCCCUGGAGAAGCAUGUUGGGGCCGACUCCCAUUGGGUCCUUGACAGCCCAUUUGCUGGGUUGAAAGCUGCAAAUCAGACCAAAGCACCUCUCAAUGUCGUGUAUGUUGGGUAUGGUGAUAUGGAUUCAUCUAACGACUCAGGCGAUAAUGAGGAUGUGCCGAGAAACGGGCGUACUUCGACAAAUAGCUUCAAGAAGACGGCGAACCAGAAACAAGAGUCCCAGAAGACAUCAGACAACGACAGCGAUAGCGAUAGCGAAGAUGAGGACUCAGACGAUGACAAUAAUACGCCGGCGCAUGGACGAAAGCGGAAGCCAUCCAGUGACAGCCCAAGCCGUUCACGGCCAACUUCAGAGAGUACCAAAGCCAAAAAAUUCCGAAAUAAGAGAAAGGAAAAGGAGGUGAAGCUCAGCAAGCCAACGUCAAUAUCAUCCGGUGGUGGCAUUUCCUCAGGAGGCGGGAGCCAGUUCUCUCCUGCUGGAAAAGCCAUGACCUGCUACAAGUGCCACCAGACUGGUCACAAAGCUAUCGACUGUCCUAAGAGGGGCCAAAUGACCUACAUGUAUGAUUAGAACCAUACAAAAUCCAUAGGGAUGUCUUGACUUGAUGUCAUCUGCAGACUUGACACUUUGCAUUAUCUCUGGCCCAAGUCUGGCGCUCCUUGGUACAUACAGGAGAACGCUACAUAUCUUCUCACUCCCACAUCAUUAGAUACCAGGGCCAGGUGGAAUGGGGGCAAACAAACAAGUUUAAGAAGUGAAGGAAGUGGGGAAACGAAGAUACUGGCAUUGCAUAGCGCACAGCAACUAUGGCAGUUGCUGAGCAAACCCCUUUAAUAACGACUGUUAGAUAGCAGCUUCAUGGGUGCUAAAGUGCAUCCUAUGAGUAAAGACAGGAAGGCAUAAUCAUUCGCCGAUUUUCGUGAUCAAAGGCUUGUUGGACACAAGGAUUACAGGGCAACAUGCAUUAAGCUUCUACCAUGUAUAAUGAGACUGUAAUGAGAUGCAGCCACGAUUACUACAGUAUACAAUCAGUGGAUUGCUAUUAUUUAGUAUGGUGCAUACAUGGAUAUGAUAAAAAUCUCUAUAUAUCUUAGCCAGCCGAUGGUUGGUGUCAGUGUCAAAUUACGGCCAUACUAAUACUAUGGUAGCAUCACGUACACAU